AGAGGGCGUUGGAAGAAACCCCAACUCGCUGGGUGUUGCGCUUUCCUCUGUUUCUUUCCAUCUAUGGCGGCGGCUCAACCCUUCACCCAUUCCGCCUCACUCUCCACGGCCUUGAAGCCGGCGGCACCAAGAACUUUAGGUUUUGGGUCUUCCUUCUCGUUCGCCAAGUCCCCUAGCCAUCUCCUCCGCCGGAUACACACCCAAGCCGCGCCCGGUGGUCGAGUAGGCGGCGCUGCCCUUGCAGCUCGGAUGGUCUCUUCCCUGCCUUCCAUCGGUGGGUCUGUCACCUCUCUCGACUUCGAGAGCUCGGUGUUCAAGAAAGAGAAGGUCAACCUUGCCGGCCACGAUGAGUAUAUUGUUAGAGGUGGAAGAGAUCUGUUCCAUUUGUUGCCGGACGCGUUCAAGGGGAUCAGGCAAAUUGGUGUGAUCGGAUGGGGGUCUCAGGGUCCAGCCCAGGCACAGAAUUUGAGGGAUUCACUUGCCGCGGCGAAUUCAGAUAUCGUGGUCAAGAUUGGCCUAAGAAAAGGUUCUCGAUCUUUUGAUGAAGCACGCGCUGCUGGAUUCACUGAAGAAAAUGGAACUUUGGGUGAUAUCUGGGAAACAGUUUCUGGCAGUGAUCUUUUAUUGUUGUUGAUUUCCGAUGCUGCACAGGCGGACAACUAUGAGAAGGUAUUCUCUCACAUGAAGCCAAACAGCAUCCUGGGCCUCUCCCAUGGCUUUCUUCUUGGACAUUUGCAAACACUUGGUCUUGAUUUUCCCAAAAACAUUAGUGUGAUUGCUGUAUGCCCCAAGGGAAUGGGUCCUUCUGUUAGAAGGUUGUAUGUCCAAGGGAAAGAAAUAAAUGGUGCAGGAAUCAAUUCUAGUUUUGGUGUACACCAGGACAUUGAUGGCAGGGCUGCAGAUGUUGCUCUGGGAUGGUCGGUCGCUCUAGGAUCACCUUUCACCUUUGCUACCACAUUGGAGCAGGAAUAUAAGAGUGACAUUUUUGGAGAGCGCGGUAUUUUACUCGGCGCUGUGCAUGGAAUUGUGGAGUCAUUGUUCAGAAGAUACACUGAGAACGGAAUGAGCGAAGAACUGGCUUACAAAAACACCGUAGAGUGUAUCACGGGGAUCAUAUCAAAGACCAUUUCAACAAAGGGUAUGCUUGCUGUGUACGAUGCUCUGUCUGAAGAGGGGAAGAAAGAAUUUAAUGCUGCAUAUAGUGCAUCAUACUACCCUUGCAUGGAUAUAUUAUACGAGUGCUAUGAGGAUGUUGCAUGUGGCAGUGAAAUUCGCAGUGUCGUUCUAGCUGGACGACGCUUCUACGAAAAGGAGGGUCUUCCUGCUUUCCCAAUGGGUAAAAUCGAUCAAACACGUAUGUGGAAAGUUGGUGAGAAAGUUCGUGCCGUUCGUCCUGAAGGUGAUUUGGGGCCUCUGCAUCCGUUUACUGCAGGCGUUUAUGUAGCUUUGAUGAUGGCACAGAUCGAGGUCCUAAGGAAGAAGGGACACUCCUAUUCGGAGAUCAUCAACGAGAGUGUCAUAGAGUCUGUUGAUUCACUGAACCCUUUCAUGCAUGCUCGUGGGGUGUCAUUUAUGGUGGAUAACUGUUCCACGACUGCACGUCUGGGAUCAAGGAAAUGGGCUCCACGGUUUGAUUACAUCCUCACGCAGCAGGCUUUUGUUGGUGUCGAUAAAAAGAGCCCCAUUAAUCAAGACCUCCUCAGCAACUUCUUGUCUGAUCCAGUUCAUGGUGCAAUCGAGGUUUGUGCACGGUUGAGGCCAACUGUUGACAUCUCAGUUCCACCCGACGCCGAUUUCGUCCGCCCGGAACUGCGGCAAAGUAGCAAUUGAGAUGUGAUUAGUUUUGAUACUCGGACCAACAAGUGUGUGUUUGUUUGAGAGGUUAAACUCAAGGAAAGCUUCCUAAAGAUGCAGUUCCAUCAAGCCUCCGGAGAAAUUAGGCUGCCGAUUAUGUAGCUGGUAGUGAAGCGUUGUGGCGUUUGUUUGUAGUUUUGCACGUUGAAUAAUAUGGUGCUCCACUGAGCAUCGUUCGUGUUGUUUUCGUCUUCGUCGUCCGGCAGUAAAUUGGUGAUUAUGUACCCUACUAAGACAAUAUUGUUCUCUUUUUUAGAUCUUUUUGACGGAAUGGAAUUUUUAUUGGUUGACAGCA